AUGUGUAAAUGUGGUCUUGACGUUUGCUAGUGUUUUGAACAUCAUUGCCUACUCUUUAUUUUUUUCCUUAACGAUAGUAAUAUUCAAAAAGUUGCUGAGAUUCUCCCAAAUAUAUUCAAACUAUCUAUUAAAAAGAAACCAAUAUUUUCAAUAAAUACACUAAGAAAUUAUAAAGUGUUUUAGGUAUAUGGUAAGGAAUUUAAACAGUUAAUUGAUAUUGAACUCCUGUAUCAGAGCAUAAAUUUGGAAGGAGAGUUAUGUUAAGUGUUUAUUUUUUUGGAUAAAUAAAAUUUUGAGGAAGGGUUCUCUCAAAGUUGUUUUAUCACCCAAAAACUAUACUAAAAAAUUACAACAUUAAUAAUUUUUGAUAAUAAAAACUAAUAUUGUUUAUCACAAAUGAAAUCCUAUAAUAUGUAAUUUCAAUCAAUAGUCACUUUAACAUAAGGAUUAAAUAUACAUGAAAAAAUUUUGAAGAUUAGUGAUUCAUUUGCAGGAAAAGUGUCAACUUUACUAGAGUUAAAGGCCUUUCAAAUUCCUCCCAAUUAGAAUUCUGUAGUUAGAUUUCAAUAAUCAAUAAUAGAUUUUAAUCAUAAAGUUUAAGAAAGAAAGUUAACAUCUCUAGAAUAAAUAGAAAAAUUGAUCCGCUAUCUUGAAACGAGUAGAUUAAAUUUGUUGUAUGUUUCCUAAACUAAUCAAGAAUACACUAAUGUAAUAAAAAUGAAAUUUGAGUUUUAAGUUUUGAAAAUCUUAAGUGAAUUUACUGAAAUUAUAUUAAAAAAUAUAGAAGAGCUUAUGAAAAUUAAUUUAUAAAGCUUGGUGCAAUGUAAAAAUUGUUAAUCCUUUGGGUAUUUUUCAUCAAAUAAAGAACCUAGCUUUAUUAAUACAUUCUCAAAUUCACAAUGCCAAUGUCCAAGUUCUUAAUAAUUUCUGGAUGGAAAGAAUAAUCUUAUUUAAUAAUGUGAUUACAAAGAUAUGGAAUCUUCUAUGCAAUUAUUAAGAAAAAAAUUCACAAAAUUUUAACAAAUUCCAUAAAUUCAUGGUAUAGAAAGUCGAGAAGAAACUGAAUUUAUUUUAAAUAAAAAUCUUAAAAAAGUUAAAGAAAUUUUGGUAGACUUACAAACUAGGAGAAAAACCAAUGACACCUAUAAAUUUCAAAUAGUGACCAAAAAGUUAACCUUAACUUCCGAAAGAGACAAAUUAUUAAAAGUUAUUGAAUAAAUAGAAUAAUAAAUCUAAGAAUAUGAGCAAUAAUCAAAAAAAAUCAUGUUUGAUCAGAAUGCCUACAAUGAAAAAAUAAAAGCCUUAGAAAAUAAUAUCCUUAUACUUGCAAAUCCAAAAAUAUAAUUAGAAUGA